AUCUUGUUGCAUUUCUCACGUCAAAGUUAACUAACCUUCAAACAAAGCGGAUUUCAAGUGGUUUUUGAUAUUAAACCCGUUUUUACGUGUUAUUACUAUACCACCCAACUGCAGUACUAAAUGGCGAUUUUUUCCUGGCAAUAAGAGGACGUAGAACUUGAUGAUUCAGAAUCUUAUCAAGAUUGUGUCAAGUGCGCAGUUAUUUGAGGCUAUUUUUACUUAUCCAACAUGGCUGACGAAAGUUCUGUAAAUGAAUCGGCUAACGCUGUUUCUACAACUACAGACAAUGGAAGUGUCGUACAAGAACAAAAUGGAACUCAAGAUAAUCAGGUUGAAGGCACUCCAGCUCAACCCGCACCACCACAGGGUUUCAAUCUUUGGACAACUGUUAAAACUUUGCUGGUUCGAAUGCUAUUCAUUUACAUGAUUUCAAGCUUUUUCCGUAGAUCACCAACCAACCCUGCACCAGAUACAACUGGAGAGAAGAAGGUUGCUGGGAUUUCAGUUCCAGCAACAAAUCUCUUUUCUAAAGGAACUGUCCUGGAUUUGUAUGUAUAUUUAUCAGAACAAGAGGAUUUUACGGAUUUCAAAAAUGAAGCUGCUUUAUUCUGGCGGAAAAAGAAUUUGAUAUAUGGUGAUUGGGAUGCUGGAGAAAAUGGGGAUGGUUCUUUUAUUCAACAGAGUAAAGUCACAGCUUCUCAUGCUGUACAGAACAAUGGAUCAUUAUAUUUACAUGUUUAUUUUGUGAAAGAAGGAAGAUCACCUGAUCCAGCAGAUAAAGGAAGAUAUAGUAAAAAGAAUACAGUUUCUAGAUCUAAGCGUCUUAAUAAAUUUAAGAAGAGAGUAUUCCACAAAUCUGUAAACCUAUUAACAGGUGAAACAGAUGUACAUCCAGAUCUUAUUAUGAGGGAUAAUUCAUCUUCAUUUGAAAUUCUUUCUCACUGGCAUCCUAAUUUAACCUUGAAUCUCCUUGAUGAUCACUCUCCAUGGAUGAGAGGGUCGGUACCACCUCCACUUGAUGAAUUUAUUGAUUUUGUACCUGAUAGUAAUGAGUAUUAUCCUGUUGUAUAUUUCAAUGAUUAUUGGAAUCUACAAAGAGAUUAUCUGCCAGUAAAUGAAACAACAAAAGUUUUAAACUUUACACUAACCUAUUCACCAAUCUCCUUGUUCAAAUGGCAAAUGUAUGCUGCUCAAAGUAUGAGAAAUAAAUGGUAUAACUUUAUGGGAAGCGAUUUAAUGGAAGAAUCUGAUCAAGAUCAGGAUUCUUUGAAGACAGCAUUUUUAGAGACGAAUCCUUAUCUUUUGGGUAUGACGAUUGUUGUUUCUAUUUUACAUAGUGUAUUUGAGUUUCUGGCAUUUAAGAAUGAUAUUCAAUUUUGGAAGAGUCGUAAAUCCUUGGAAGGUUUAUCUGUCAGAUCUGUGUUCUUCAAUGUCUUCCAGUCUCUUAUUGUACUGUUAUACGUGAUGGACAAUGAAACUAAUACUGUUGUUAGAAUCAGUAUCUUUGUAGGACUGGGUAUCGAAAUCUGGAAAAUACACAAAGUCAUGGAUGUCAAGUUGGAUCGAGAGCGUAAAUUAUUUGGAUUUUUACCAAGAAUAACUAUAAAAGAUAAAUCAAGUUAUACACAGUCUAAUACUAAACAGUAUGAUAUGCUCGCAUUUAAAUAUUUAUCAUGGUUAUUGUAUCCAUUAAUCCUGUGUUAUGCUGUCUAUUCGUUAUUAUAUCAAGAACAUAAAGGCUGGUAUUCAUGGGUAUUAGGAAUGAUGUAUGGUUUCUUACUUACAUUUGGUUUCAUUAUGAUGACACCACAGUUAUUUAUAAACUAUAAACUGAAAUCAGUGGCACAUCUACCUUGGAGAAUGUUAACUUAUAAAGCUCUCAACACCUUUAUAGAUGAUAUAUUUGCCUUUGUUAUUAAGAUGCCAACAUUAUAUAGGUUAGGUUGUCUUCGAGAUGAUGUGAUAUUCUUUAUUUAUUUGUAUCAACGAUGGGUUUAUCGAGUUGAUCCUACUCGAGUUAAUGAGUUUGGGGUGAGUGGAGAGAUGCUAGAUCAAAAUGGAGAUGCCAAAAGUUUGGAGGAUAAACCAGAUGAGGCUACGCAAGCUAUCACUGAUUCUGAUCCAAAAACAAAGCAAGAGAAGAAAGAUGAUUAAAAAUAGAUAUAAAUGCUUAUAAAUUAUAAUAUAAAACUUUUCAUCAGAACAUUUUAUUUGGAUGGUGAUCUCAGAGUAUUAGAAUUUAAUGCACCAACGAUUUUGUGUUCAUUUACUUCAUCAAAGGGAUGUUAAAAUUCUGACACUCGAGUCUACUAAUUGUUUUAUAUAUAUUGUUUUGUAAAGAUAGUUCAGUGUGUGAUGUGGUCGUAUAGUUGAUUAGAGUUUGUAUGAUCUGUGUGUUUACAUAUUUUAUAUAUAACAUUGAUCCAUAUAUAUUAUGCUAUGAAUGAUCAUGUGGAUUGAUCUGAUAUUGUAAAUGAUUGUUGAACUGAUAUCAGUUAAUGUAUUUUUGAGAAAAGCAAAAUUCUUCCAUGCAACAAAAUUGUGUGAAAGCCAUGUGUAACAACAGAAUUUGUGAUUAUUACUUAGUCUAUGUUAGAGAACAAUUAUAGCUUGAUGAAUAAAUUCAUUGUAUAUAAUAAUUUGAUAGAUUUCUGAUUUAUAUUUAUUGUGAAUAUUACUGAAUCCAAAAAAAAAGUUUGUCUAAAAUUAUUGACUGCAAUGCUGUUUUUUUUAUUAUUAUUUUAUUAGCUUUAUAAAACUUUAUUAGCCAUACAAAAAGUUACUAUUUACACUCUUGUCAAAAAAAUUAAAACAGAAUAUUAUUAUUGCUAAUUCAGAGUAUUAUGAAUCAUUCAAAUAUAUAAUCAUGAUUUGAUCAUUAUUAUUUCUUUAUAAAUCUAUUUAAUAAUUCAUUGAAUUUUUUUUAAUCAUGAAAGAUUUAAUUACAUUGUUACAUAAAUCAAUAAAUUUUGUGUCCAUUUAAUGUAAAUACUGAGCCAUAAAAACCCACCUUUCCUUAUAUCCUGCAUGUUUACCCUGGAGAUUAGAAUUUGGUAGUAGUAUUUAUUGAAGGGGAAAAAAAGAAAGCAAUGCUCUCUGAUCAAGUAUGUGGUACACUAAAGUAUACAUUAACAACUACAAUAAAACCACACUCCAUACUACAUUGUACUUUUGAAAUCCACAUUUGUAUUUAUUUGCCAGUCUUAUCAAAAUUGUGUAAUUGAGAUUCAUUUUUAGAAAUAUUAAAUUAAAAUUUUUAUUUGA